AUGGAGUGGUUCUAUGCUUUGUUUUUCCGCCUUGCUAUACCAUAUAAUUCAGACUUAAGCGUGUCGGCUACAAUAACAUUCUCGCCUCUGACUCUUACCAUCACAUUUCGUCUCAUAGCCCAUCUACGUAGCAUCGCCCGCCCGUCUCGUCAUUCGCCAAAUCCAGUCACUGAAGUGAAACGCGAGCAUGCUGAAAAGCACAUUUGCACUUUACCAUUUAUUCAAGAAACGGGGACCCUCGAAAGACUGUUCGAGCCUUUGCUACCUCUCUCCUUGCCCUCUCUACCUGUCAUUCCAAAAAAGAAUGUCAUCUUCAAGUACAAAUUUCGCUUAACUAAUGUUCGUCUGAAGCAAACGCACCCCAUGCGUAUAUUUAAUGUAGCACUUGUCUUUUGCGAUUAUGAUGUUCUGGAAAAAUGUGGAAAGAUCUUGGAAGUCACAUUUUUAAAGGAUUUGAGAAAACUACUUGAUACUAGCUGGGGAGAUGAGAAAGAUGCAAGAUAUGAGGGUGCUACGAUCGAGGAUUUGAGGAAAAUAGGAGUAAUAGCUUGA